AUGGAUAAUGAUAAUACACCACCAUUUGCAAUAAAUCUUCCGCCACCAGAUCGGUUUGAACCAACAGCAGUUGUUGCAAAACUUGAGCCAAAUCAACGACAGAUCAAUUUACUUGUCAUUGUUUUACGUAUACAAGCUAAUCCUCAAAAAACACGUGAAGGACAUGAAAUACAUUCGUUUAAAGUUGCUGAUCGAACUGGUUCAGUUACACUAAAUGUUUGGAAUAAUACAGGGAAAUUAAUCUCGCCAGGAGAUAUACUUCGUUUACAAAAUUGUAUAACACAAGUUUUUAAAAAUGAACUAUGUGUUAAACCAGGAAGAAAUGGAAUCGUAACAAAAGUUGGAGAAUUCAUGAUGGACUUUAAAGAAGAACCAGAUAUGAGUAUUUUUUCACCAUCGAUGGAAUCAAUUAGUAAUGUAAAUAAAAGAACAACACCAUUAAUGUCUUAA